GAAAAUUGGGUUGGGGUGAAUUAAAAUGGGUAGUGGGCUAUGAAAAUUGUUUUGGGUUAAUCCGAAAAUAUUGGGGGUGUAAUAAUAAUAAUAAUAAUAAUAAUAAUAAUAAUAGCUAGUAACUGUAAUAGAAUAAUGCAAUGCCGGUAUUGAUAAAAGGCUAAUAAUUAUAGUAAAACAUAAUAUAUAUAUUUUUAUUUUCCAAAAAUAUUAGAAGCGCAAAUAGGUAUUUCGGAGGAGAAGCGGGACAAAAUUGGGUGUCAACACUUGUCACAAAUUUAUUAGUCGUGUCACAAAUUUAUGUGUCAGUAGGAAAUAUAGAGCGAGAAAAACUAAACUUUUAUAAUAUUAGACUGAAGUAGAUUUAAAUAGAUGGCCCCAAUUUAUUUGGGUUUGAGACGUAAUUGUUAUUACUGUUGUUUGUUCUUUGAUUAUAUUGAUUGUUGCUUCUCAAUAUUUUCUCGAGAAAAUAAGAUCUCAAUAGAAUUUUUUUUUUUCCAGGUCUCUUAUGUGAAAAAAUGAAGAUCUCUUGUAAAAAAAUCAUAAAACUAAAAAAAGUUUGUAAAGGGCCAAAAAACCCAUUUCUCCCGAAACUUGAUUAUUUGAGAGAAUUUUCUCUAAUAAUUUUUAUAGGAAGGAAAGGAUUAACACCGGAAGAAUCAGCGAAGCUUGGUGGUGGCUAUAAUACAUUCCUCCAAACUUCAUUGCCGGAGAAUCUUCGAGUCUACAAUCCAGAUGAGGAAACAUUUGAAUCAUCACAGAGAGUUUUCAGAUCAAUAUUCAUACGAGGAUUCGCCAUCGAAGUCCUCCAUGUAUUUUCAGGACCACCAGAAAUUGUGUACAAGUUUAGGCAUUGGGGUUACAUGGAAGGUCCAUUUAAAGGACAUGCUCCAACAGGAGAACUUGUAGAGCUCUUUGGAAUUGGCAUUUUUGAAUUGGACAAAGAGAGUAACAAGAUUGUUAAGGCAGAGUUCUUCUUGGAUAGAGGAGAGUUUCUUGCGCCACUUGUCAAAGGAGAAAGAAAUGGUGAAUCCGCAAGUGCAACGGCAUUAGGUGCAUCAAAAUGCUCUUUCAUGAAAGAAUUAGGGAAUAACUUUCAAGCUAGUUAUUCUGUAUUUGGAAAAGUCAUUUCACUAUUAUCACGCAUGAUAAAUUUGGACGUGUGUAAAGUCAAUGGCCAUGUUUAAUUUUAAUAAAAAUAUUGGAGCAAAGGUGUAUUUCCCUUUGAAGAUUGUUUAUGUUUCCUCAACAGUCAAAUAAUAGUCCAUUAUUUAUUUUUGGAGGGUCAAAUAAAUGUCUUCUUUGAUUAAGAUUGUUUGUACAAAUUAAAAUUAUUUUAAUUAUAA